UGUAUACUAGUGACUCAGCGCCGUGAGUAUGUAUAUUGUACUGUUGUUCAAAUAUAUGGAAUUACCUCCUGAAGUGGAUAAAUCCCAAUUUAAAGAGAGAAGACGAAGAAGAAGAAGACAAGAAAUUAUAAAUUCGAUUCAUGGCUACUUUGGAGGAUAAAAUUCUCGGUGAAAAAUUGCAGUAUUACUGCAGUAGCUCCAGCGAAGAUGAGGGAAAUGAUUUCGCGAAUUCAGACAAUGAAGAAAAUAUUAAAGGCUCUGAUGAGCCUCCACAGUAUACAUCUGAAUAUUCCGAUUGGGAUGGUACUUCCAGUAACACAGGUCCCAAAGGCGUCAUUAAAGAUUGGCAGAGAUUUAAGCAGCUCGAAGUGGAAAAACGAGCUGAGCAAGAAAGAGAAAGAAUUGAACUCAUGAAAAAACUUACCUUGACCUGUCGAAGUGCAUUGGAUGAAGAGAAAGAAAAAUUAUGUGAAACGGAUCCUGAUCUAGCAGAAUUAUUGACUGAUGAGUUUCUUCUUGACUAUCAAAAGCAACGUAUGAAAGAGAUGCUAGACAAAGCAGAACGUCUUCGUUUUGGCACUGUUUAUACACUUACAACUGCCAAUGAAUUUCUAGAAGCAAUUGAUGGAGAAGAUGAAUCUGUUACUGUAAUUAUUCAUAUUUAUGAAGAGAACAUUCCAGGAUGCACCGCUAUGAAUGGAUGCUUAACAUCAUUGGCUGAAGAAUAUCCUCAUGUUAAAUUCUGUAGGAUACUGGGCUCCAUUGCAGGUCUUAGUAAACAUUUCAAAAAAGAAGGGGUACCAGCAUUACUUGUAUAUAAGAAGGGCCAAGUAAUUGGAAACUUUAUCCGUGUUACUGACAACUUAGGGGUUGAUUUUUAUGCCUCAGAUGUUGAAAGUUUCCUGAUAGAGCAUGGAAUGCUGAAUAAUAAGAAUUGCAUUCCUACCAUCAUUUCUCAAAUCCAAACCAGAGAUUCAGAAAGUGACUAAAUCUAUACUAUAAGGGACAUUUUUUUCUCUAACAAUAAGGCAUUUUCUUACUAUUUUGAAAAAAAAUGUUUCAGCUAUAAUUAUAGUGUUCAAGUAUUAUUUGUCAUUUAAUCAUAUAGCAAUGAAAGAAUAUUAGUAACAAUUUUUUCAGCAUUAGCAAUGUCUAUGUGUAUCUUAUACUUCUAGUCACAUGUUAUGCUAAUGAAUAAAAAGUAGCUGGUGUAA